AUGGCUAAAAGGGAAUCGGCGGCUAGAAAGUGGGUGAUAAGGGUUUUAUAUGCCGGAGCAACCGCUUUAAAUUUAAGCUCGACGCACGUAAAGGAAGUUCCCAAGUGCUUUUCCAGACUCACAAACCUGUCAGUCCUCCUGUUAAACAACAACUCCAUCACAGGCCUUCCCACUGAGCUGCUCUCCUUACAUCAACUGGCUGAACUGAAUUUAGGAAAUAAUGCCUUGAAGGAGUUACCCGCUGUUCUGGGCCAUCUGGAGUCCUUGAAAAAGCUGUACCUGUUCAGAAACCAAAUUACUGUAGUGCCACCUGAUGUGAUAGGUGGCUUCAAGAACCUUGUUGUCCUCAAUCUGAACCACAACCAGAUUCAAAGACUUCCGCCAGGGAUUAAAAGCUUGAGUAUGCUUGAACACCUCAGCGUGCUGGACAAUAAGCUGGAGGAAGUUCCUGCAGAGCUUGGUCAUCUCACUCGCUUGUCUGAGAUAAACCUAAACUUCAGCAAGCUGUCCUGGCUUCCUCGGCAGCUGUACCAGUGCAAAGAGCUGACAAAGCUGUAUAUGCAUUUGGCCGUAACGGAACUCCACUGUGAAGGGAACAGGUUUGUGCAGUGUGAGCUGAUGACUUCGGUGCAGUAUGCUGAAGUACUUACAUUAAAGGAACUGGUUGCUAGGUUUGUAUUGGGGUAGGACAGAAACAGGUUCUCUCUAAUCCAUGUGAUGCUUCCCCCUUAUCCAAAUCUGAAGACGCUGCUGGAUACCGCCAGCUCUUGUGCGGUCUGCUGCAGCCCCUUCCUCACCACCUGGCUGCAUUGUGUGCAUUUUGUAAAUCUAAAGAAGGACAUGAAAAUGAGGAGUAUGCUCACUAUUUCAGUUCUCUGUUCAUACAGGUGCUUUAACACAGAAGGACACGCCUACUUUGGCGUUGCUACAAGAUAA